GAUCUAUCUUCUUACUUUCUUCACAUCUUAACAUCCAUCUCAUUCUUUUCUAAAAAAAAAAAACACAACAUAAUCAAAUCACCCAAUCCCAAUCCCACAGAGCAACAUGUCGGGCUCUACAGACCGCGACAUGCGCUCUGCAGCGCGCACACCCCAGCGCGCACACCCCAGCGCGCCAAAGCCUCAUUCCGGAAAUGGAGCCGGGGUGCACGACCCCUAGGAAACCUCCCCCGAGACACUAUUCUCGCCACUGAAGAGCAGCAGGGAAAUCGGAGGCUGAAAGUACGGCCUAUUGUGAAAGCUGAACCGACGGCCCCCCCAAAAAACCGCCAUAAUAGAGCUGUCAAGCCGUCGAAUUUGCAUCUUGACAUGUCGAAAACUCGCUUCUCGAGUCGUGUGUCUAGACAUAUCGACGCAGUCCUUGAGUCUCAGGAUCUGAAAGAUGCAUCAUCUUUAAGCAAUCCGGGUCUUUCUAUCCCAGAUAUUAUCCCUCAAGAAAGGGGGGAGACUGGUGUAGGGGAUGGCUUGGAGGAGCAUGAGGAGGGGAGAGAAGUGGAAUUGAAGAAACUAGUUGAAGAGGCAGAAGAGAAAUGGGAGAGCGGACGAACGGAGAGGAUUGUUAAAGAGUAUGAAAUCUUGGAUCGUGAUGGGGAGAGAAUGAAACUCAGUGGGAAGAGAGGGAAGGGUAGAGACGUUCGUGGACUAGGAGAUGGAGUGAGUAAUAGCGAUACCGGGAGUAAUGAGGACGAUAUCGGGGAGGGGUCAUCAAUAUCAUCCUUGUCUUCAUCUCCUCCUUUAUCUUUAUCUCUAUCCUCACCCUCGUCUUCCUCUUCUUCCUCUUCCUCUGCCCUACGCGCUACGGCUACUACUUCUUGCUUAAGAAAGGCGGCGCGCUUUGCGCAGACAGACCGGAUAAGGGAAAUUAAUAGGGAGGCAUCUUAGGGAGGCGGUAGAGCCUUAGUUCUAUAGGUAUACAUGCC